AUGAGCCCCGACCAACCACUGCUGAGCCGUCGCGAGGCCGGAAUCCGCGACACCCGACCACCAUCCAAGGCCAAAUCGAACACCGCCGAGCUACGGCUGAAACCUUCGAUUUCCAGCCACGCCCUCAACCUCGACAACUGGCGGCCGUUUCUGGACAGACCUCAAUCUUCGACCUCGACCGGCGGGAUCGAGCACAGUCGAGGAAACUCGAGCAGUCCAGGCCUUGAGCAGCAAGCCAUCGGGCUGCAGCAAAUCGAGCCGUUGUCUCCGAACCGAGAGCCUUCCAGCCGAGAGCCUCAGUCGAGGCCCUUUUCAUACCCAAGCCUCCCUUUCGGUUUUGUUUUUAGGCCCGGAAUCGAUAAAGAGAAGGAAUCGAGGCAUGAAUUGUCAGAAUAA